AUGAUGCGGGACCUGAUCCGAUUGGAGCAAAGCGAUACCCGGUGGCCUUCUUCUCCAUGCAGCCCGAGCUUCUACCGCUGGGCAGUGAGCAGAGCAAGGUGGUCAGCGUCUCUCGGGCCACGGUUGAGGACCGAGGUACCGCAUGGCUCACCACCCUAUGCUGCCGAUGAGGUGGCUGCUGAAGCGGUGUGGAGCAUGGGCUGCCCUCAUGGGCCGCCGGAUGUCAGGACUGCAGACAUCUUGCUGGCCCGCGCAGAAGAUGGUACCCUGCUUGGGGCUGCAACUUUGGCUCGGAUACCCACCCCUGGCGCAACUGCAGGCGGCGGGCUGCGCGGUUUUCUCAGCGAUUUGCUCGUCAUGCCUGCUGCGCAUGGUAAGGGUGUUGGACGAGCCCUCAUGGCCAAGGUUCUCGCCACCUGUCGAGAGGCGGAGCUGGCGGAACUGUGCUGGUAUUGCCUGGAGAGCAAUGAGCAGGCGAUGUCCUUCUACUCCCGUCUGGGUUUCACGCCCACAGGGGCCUCUGUUUGGCAGUACCCUGAGGCUCCUCCGGGCUGA